AUGGCCAGUGUCCGUGCCCGCAGUGGUUGGCUGUGGCUGGUCAUGCUAGCCCCUUUCCUCGACCUCCUGCUCCUGCUGCUCCAUCUCCUCCUCUUCUUGCUCACCUUCGUCCGGCCGAGCCUUGCACAGGAAAGACACGGGACCCGAGUGCUCAUCUUCCCCUGCAGGUGUCACACCUCUCUGACUGUGAGUCCCAGCAGAUCUCAGAUGUUUGAAGGAGAGUUUGUCUCUCUGAGCUGUGAGGAGGACGACAGCUCUGCUGGAUGGAAGCUGAGGAGGAACACAACCAGAGGAACCAGGAAGGAGUGUGGAGACUGGGGAAGAUCAGCUGGUUCCUCCUGUAUCAUCGGUGACAUCAUCACACUGGACAGUGGAGUUUACUGGUGUGAGUCCAGAGAGGGAGCAACCAGUAACAGCAUCAACAUCACUGUCACUGGUGGACCAGUGAUCCUGCAGAGUCCUGUCCUCCCUGUGAUGGAGGGAGAUGAUGUCACUCUGCACUGUAAAACAAAGACCUCCAACCUCCCAGCUGGUUUCUAUAAAGAUGGCUCCCUCAUCUGGACUGAUCCUGCAGGUCACAUGACCAUCCACAAUGUUUCCAAGUCUGAUGAAGGUCUCUACAAGUGUCACAUCAGCAGUCAUGGAGAGUCUCCAUCCAGCUGGAUCUCUGUCACAGAAAAACCUACAACCACAGCCCCGCCCCUUGCAUCUGAAGCUCCGCCCCUUGUCUCAGCUCCCCCGCAGCUUGUGUUCACACUGAUC